CGGACUGGAAAAUGCUUGAUACAAAGCUCACAACGACAUCUAGCACUGUUUUGUUGAGCAUCUGCUGUAUUCUUCCAUGAUGAAAACUGUUGUACCUAUUAUCCUCUUUGUUGCAGUGGCAGGUUUCCACAAUGUGGCGUCUGUGUCCCUGGAAUCCGCUGAAAGCAACGAAUCAUCUGAAGAAAUGGUGUUUGAAGAGCGCACUACACCAGAAAAACGUGAGGAUAAAAGUGAUGAAGAAUUAGAUGAUGACGAAACAGGGGCAUUGACAUGCACUACAGGAAAUCAAGAAGAGAACGCCGCAAGUCAGACCGCAGAAAUGACAAACACUGAGGGCUACAAACACAAUGAGCAGGUUGGGGAGAAUGUGGAAAGUACGACGACCCCCUUAUAUUUUGAUGAAGAAAUGGGAUAUUAUGAGUCCUAGGCUUACUUACUGUAUGGGAAUCUAUAUAUUUUAAACCUAUAUAUCCACCACCUGGCACAAGGAAACAAACCUGUGCGUGUAUUGUGACCUCCUUUCACAACAUAUCAAAGAUCACUGCUUUUUCAAAUAAAGCCUGAAAACAUUCA